GAAAUCUACAAAAUUUAUAUUUCUUAAAAUAAAUCUACAAAAUAGAUUGUAAAAAGAGGUGAAAUCUACAAAACGGAACACCCCCUAUCCUUUCCGAUUUAGUGAUUCAGACAUAACAUACAUUUAAACUAAGUGGAAAUAUUUGACUAUGUUUAAUGAAUGUAAGGUGGAAAAUGAGACGGAUGCUGGCCGAUCUAUCAGAUUCAAUAACUCGUCUGGACCCUGCAAAUAAAUUAUUUCAGAUAUAUUUUUCAAGUGUUAGCUGCGGUUGAUUUGAUGUACCGAACAGUCCGCCGGGCUAUGACGUAAGAAUUUUGUACAGUACAUGCUAUACGAAGUAAUCACAGGGCAAUCCACCGCACUGUAAACUACGCCUUAUUUGGAGUACCGGGCCAACCUUCAAGCAACAAGAGAAUUUUUCAAAAAAGGACGAGUUCACCUGAUAAAUAGUCCCCUUCUAGUGAGAUUAAUGGCCCAGUCGACAGUAUGUCUGAAACAGUAGUUCCUACAAUAGCUGUAGAUCCUGUUGAGGAAACAGGAGAGGAGGUGGGAGAGGAAACAGGAGUUGCUGAUCAGAUCUGUAAUACAAGCAACAGGGUGGAGCUGUUUCUAAAGGACGGCGCCGGAAAGAUUCCAGGAGUUUGUUUGAGUAAACGACGUGGAUUCUCUAGGAAACCAUCCUCAUGGAGACAUCCUGGGGGGACAGUGUCAGAGACAGAGGAAACAGAUUUUAG